AUGAGCUCUUCCAAAGAGACUUCGACAACAUCCAGCAGCGCCGAGCCCGGUGAUUCAAGCAGCGCUCAGAAUUUCAGCACCUUGGACAGCGGGCCAGCUCAAGAAGCGCCCGUUGCACAGGCCGUUCUCUGCACGGUCCUGUCUGUCUACGGCACCAUCAUCGCUGUGGGUCUCCUAGGAAACGUCAUCCUGAUUAAAGUGUUUUUCACGGUCAAGUCCAUGCAGACAGCCCCCAACAUCUUUAUUGCCAGCCUGGCUGUGGGAGACCUGCUGCUUUUGCUGACCUGCGUGCCGGUGGACGCCAGUCGCUACUUUGCUGAUACUGGGCUCUUUGGCAGAGCUGGCUGCAAGAUCAUCUCUUUUCAUCCAGCUGGCCUCAUGAGCCGGGUGGCUGUGUCUCAUUUCAGGUACAGAGCGAUCGUCAGGCCGAUGGACCUGCAGGGCUCGGACGCGGUGCUGUGGACCAUCUGCAAGGUGGGAUGUAUCUGGAUGCUGUCCAUGCUGUUCGCAGUCCCGGAGGCUGUCUUCUCAGACCUGUAUUCGUUCAAUGUCAUGGGAAUCAGCAGCACCUUCGAGACGUGUGCGCCCUACCCGGUCUCAGAGAGAGCCCUGCAGGAGAUUCACUCGCUGCUCUGCUUCCUCACCUUCUACCUCGUCCCUCUUGCCAUCAUCUCCGUCUACUACAUCCUGAUCGCCAGGACGCUGGUCAGGAGUGCCUGCAACAUGCCCGGGGAGGAACACCCGCACAUCCGGAAACAGGUGCCUCCGGGAAACCCACUUUACACUGGCCCCCGGUCUCUGUGCAAUCACUGGCCUCCCUCAACACGCAAGAGGGUUCAUUCAGGUCUCAGUGUGUUCCUAACAUUAUUAAUGCAGGCUGAUGGGGGUCAGCGAGUCUUAAUUAACAGCCUGGCCUAG